UAAAUACUUUUUCAUCAUUCUCAAUUGCCCGCUUACUUUUACAAUUUGCCAUUCACAGCUUGCGCGAACAUUCGGCUGCCGAACAGCUGUUUUCACAAUUGUUUUUCAUUUUAAGAAGUAGACGACGUGUUAUUUGCAUUUGUAAUGAAAACAAUUUUUUACAACAAGUGCAAAGUAAAGAGGAAAUAAACCAUGCACAGCAUAAUACAAAUAAAAGCGCAAAUGGCGCAGAUGCUAAUGGUAUUGCUUAUUUUGCUAGCGGCAGCCUGUGCCCACGAAGCCAAGGAUUUUGAUGAUUCGGUGCUUUACAAAAUAGACUUUGAAGUGCCUGAUAUACCUAUAGCGAAAGAAGAAGCGUUGGGACAUCAAAUGCGAUCGUUCUUUACGCCGGACAUGGAAAAGUUUGAGUGCAUCAUACCGACUCUGGAAGCAACAAAGGAGGAAGAGAAAGACAAUCAGCUAGAGCUGUCACCCAUUGCGCUUCUGCAGCCCAUAUUCUCGUCGCCCAGUUGCUCAUUUCGCAUUGAGACGUAUUGGUCAUAUGAGAUCUGCCAUGGACAUCAUGUGCGGCAAUAUCAUGAAGAGCGCGAGGGCAAAAAUGUCAAGUUUCAGGAAUUCUACCUGGGCAAGUGGACUGAGGAAAAAACCGAACUGGCCAAGAAAGAAUGGGAGAACGAUCGAAAGGCUGGCAGACCCAGGCAUAAAACGCUGAAAAUCGAUAAUGUGCGUUACCCGUAUUAUGAAAUGGAACUUACCGAUGGCACCAUGUGCGAUAUUAUAGAUGCACCCCGCACUACAAUGGUGCGCUAUGUAUGUUAUCCACACGGCAAGGAUGAUAUUUAUUCGUUCAAGGAAACAUCUUCGUGUAAUUAUGAGGCUAUCAUCUUGACAUCUACGCUGUGUGCUAUACCCGCCUUCCAUCCCGAAGAGACUAAAGAGAUACCCAUUAAAUGCUUAUAUGCAGACACAGAUGAGCCUCAUAAGCCCAUCAGCAUGUUGCGACAGGAACUAAACGAAUGGGCUGAAAGUGAAAAUGAUUUGUUAAUAUCCAAGGAAAGCAAGGCAACAACACCAAAAGUAUGGUCGAAAGCAGAAGGCGAUACGGUCACGUACAAAUUCAGUGGCGAUGUGGAUAAAAUCAUUUUGGAGCUAAUGGCUAAUGGUGAAAUUGAUGUGGAAAACGAUUUGCAACAGCUGGUCCUGUCGAGAACGCCCUCAGGAGCAGCACCUACUUCCAUUAACGAUCUGACGCCUAUAAAGGAGUUCAUAUCGGGCAAGAACUGUCUAACAGGCGGAACUGGCUGGUGGAAAUAUGAAUUUUGUUAUGGCCGGCAUGUGCGUCAGUUCCAUAAGGAGAAAAACAACGAGGUAGAGCUGUUUCUAGGCUAUUUCUCUGAAGAAUCACAUCGCCAAUGGGUUAGCACAAAUCCGGAUAAGGGCGCUCGUACGCCAGGCCUGAGUUCGUCCCUAUGGCAUCACUAUGAGAAGGGCACACAUUGUGAUCGCACUAAUUUACCGCGUGAAGUGGACGUUAAGCUCACUUGCAUGCCGGUGACCACCAGUGGCACUGCUGUGUCCAUGUAUCUGCUGGAGCCCAAGACAUGUCAGUAUAUACUGGUUGUUGAGUCGCCCAUUAUUUGUGAUCUCAUGGCGUAUGCGGAUGAAAGUGGCCUGGUGAAGGCGGAGAAUUUGCAAAAGUUUUUAACAGCUGACCAGUCAACGGCGCCUGCGUCAACUACGGGCCGUAGUGCAGAGUCUGAAGAAGAGAUACGCUCCUAGAGUACGCAUGUACAUAUAUAAAGAAUUUUAAGAAUAAGUAGUAUGCGUAUUUAUUCAAGUAAGUGCAAAUAAAUGUAGCUUAGCAAAGACACAAACCGCCAAGGUAGCUCGCUGAUUCGAUAAAUCUAUGCAAACUAAAAAGUUAU